AUGGGAGAGAUAGCAACAGUUCCAGAAAUUACCAGGCCCCUGGCCAUCAUUGGUCUGGCUGCCAAAUACUCUCAGGAAGCGACGGAUGCCGAGAAGUUUUGGAAGUUUCUUCUUGAAGCUCGGCAAUCAUGGACAAGCAUUCCCAAAGAUCGAUUGAAUCUUGACGGAUACUUUCAUCCGGAUCCAGAACGUGCUGGCACGAUUCAUGCGAAGGGAGCUCACUUCCUCCGGGAAGACCCCAAUGCCUUUGAUGCCGCCUUCUUCAAUGUCAACAAGACCGAGAUAAUGAGCCUUGAUCCUCAACAACGUCUUGUAAUGGAAAAUGUAUAUCAUGCGCUGGAGAAUGCUGGAAUUCCCAUGGACAAGGUCGUGUCAUCAAACACGUCCGUUUUUGUGAGCGGGUUCAAUCAUGAUCACAGAGACCGGCUUAAUACAGACCCCGAUAUUUCAUUUAAGCAUAGACCGACCGGGUCAGAAGGCUCGAUGAUUUCGGGGCGAGUAAGCUGGUUUUAUGACCUGAAGGGGGCAAGUUUGACGGUUGAUACUGCGUGUUCGAGCUCAAUGGUGGCAUUUCACCUCGCAACGCAAAGCCUGAAGGCUGGAGAGAGCGAUAUGGCCAUAGUCAGCGGAGUGAACGUUUUCGGUGGUCUCAACCAUAUCCUUGGAAUGAGCUACUCAGGAUUCCUAGGGCCAGAAGGAAAGUGCUUCACAUUUGAUCACCGUGCCAAUGGCUAUUCAAGAGGAGAAGGCGUUGGCACCGUGAUUGUCAAACCACUUGAUAAAGCGCUCGCAGACGGCAACACUAUCCGUGCAGUUGUUCGUGCAACAGUGCUAAACCACGAUGGUCGGACACCAGGCCUUACCUACCCCAGUGGCGAUGCACAGGUGCGCCUCAUUAGAAGCGCCUAUGAGUCUGCUGGACUUGACCCUGCCGAGACACAUUAUGUCGAGUCCCAUGGUACGGGAACGCCGGCGGGUGAUCCUAUUGAGGUACAAUCCAUUGCCAAAGCAUUCGAUUCCACUCAGCGAGAAGAGCCUCUUUAUAUCGGAGCCUUGAAAACCAACAUUGGCCACAUCGAAGGUGGCUCUGGCAUAUCAGGUAUCAUAAAAGCGGUUCUAGUGCUCGAGGCUGGACUCAUCCCCCGGAAUGUCAAUUUUGAAAGGGUGAACCCACAGAUCCACAGCGAUGAUUGGAACGGUGCGCCGGAACGAAGUGCAAAAGAAAUUGCCUCGUAUCUGCAGAGGAGACAGGAAUCAAGUCCGAACGCAUCUCCAGGUGACAUUAACGACCUUGCAUACACUCUAUCAGAGAAACGGUCGCGAUUUCGCUGGAAUAGUUACAUACUUGCCGACUCUAUCGACGAACUCGUGACGCAGAUCGAGGGCGGAACUGGCCUAUCCCAACCGAUCAAUAGCCAAAAGCUCCCCAGAAUCGGAUUUGUCUUCACCGGGCAGGGCGCGCAAUAUCCCCGGAUGGGCCAACAGCUUCUGCAGUUUCCAGUCUUUCGCAAGUCAAUUGAGGCUGCAUCUGAAUAUAUGAUGCACCUGGGAUAUGCAUUCUCAUUACUGGAUGAGAUCCUCAAGGAUCGAGCGGAAUCAGGGAUUGACAUUGCAGAGAUCUCCCAUCCAGCCUGUACCGCUAUUCAAAUCGCAAUGGUUGAUCUUCUUCAAAGCUGGAACAUCUCCCCCGUUGGCGUCACCGGGCAUUCUUCCGGUGAGAUCGCGGCAGCGUAUUGCGCCGGAAAGAUCUCUCGUGAGGCUGCAUGGAAUAUUGCGUAUCACCGCGGACGGUUGACAUCCAAUCCUUCUCGAAAGACCAAGGGUGCCAUGCUGGCGGUCAGCCUCGACAUCGAAACAUUGCAACCGCUUGUGGAUGCGGCUCACAGGAACAUGUCUGGGGAUCUUGUGAUCGCGUGCUUCAAUAGCCCGAAAAACAAUACUGUCUCUGGUGAUGAGGAAAUGAUCGCAGCGCUGCAGCAGAUGCUUGGAGCAAAUGGCGUGUUCGCGCGUCGGCUAAGGACGCCGAAUGCCUAUCACUCGCCCCAUAUGAACGAUAUUGCGGAUGAGUAUUUGGAGGCUAUGGGCAAAGCCCCAGCGGGUCAUAGAAUCAGUUCCGCCGAGCCAGUGCGCAUGUUCUCUACUUCUACCGGAGAAGAGGUGACACAAAAGUCGCUCGAAAAUGAGUUCUGGGUCAACAAUCUUGUUUCGACUGUCAAGUUCACCACGGCCCUGGAAAUAAUGUGCAGUGGUGGUGAUAGCUGCGCUCCUGAUGUUGUCAUUGAGAUCGGGCCACAUGGCGCUCUGCAGAGUGCAGUGAAAGAGACACUUUCAGGGCAGGCCGGUGUCCCAUACCGAAUGACGCUUAACCGCAACGACGACACUAUCAAGACUUUGCUGGACACGGUCGGGUACCUCGCUACUCGGGGGACUCGUGUUAACCUGCUCGAGGUAAACUGUAGCUCAGAAGCGGAAAGAAACCCCGAAUUCCUCGUUGAUUUGCCACCAUACCCGUUUAACCACGCCGAAAAUGGCCUGUACGAGAGCCGACUGAGUCGCGCUAUACGAUUCCGUCAGUUCCCCCGUCAUGAUCUUCUGGGAGCCCCCAGCCCGGACUCGAACUUUCUGCGUUGGAGCUGGAAGCAUUACCUUCGCGUUAGCGAGAAUCCAUGGCUGAAGGACCAUGUGAUUGCGGAUAACAUUGUCUUCCCCGGAGCAGGAUACCUCGUAAUGGCCAUUGAGGCCACCCGGCAGGUCAUGAGCGGCCCUCUCGUUGGGUUUCGCAUCCGAGACGUCAAUCUAAAGGCGAUGUUGAUCGUCCCAGACAAUAAAGAAGGAAUCGAAACGUGUUUCUCCCUGGUUCCUGUUGAAGAGUCGAAUGUCUCCACUUCCGCUACAUGGAACAGGUUCUCGGUGAGCUCAUACGACUUUGAUCACGACGAAUGGACGGAGAACUGCACUGGGUAUAUUGCUGCGGAUACUUCGGCUGCUCCGAACCCAGUCACCGGUGGUCGUGAGGAGGCUAUGCGCCAGGAGGAAUGGAGUGAAGCACAGGUCCAGUGGAAUGCAUGUCAAAGACCGAUGAACUUUAGCAGGGUGUGCGACAACCUGGACUCGGUGGGGAUCAGGUUUGGUCCGCUCUUUCGCAAUGUAUCGGAUGUGAAAACUGGUGGCAACAAGGUGGGGGUCAUGGCUGGCACAAUCACCAUCCCUGAUGUCGCUGCUGCCAUGCCAAAGGGAUACAUGCAUCCGCAUCUAAUCCACCCCGCCACAUUGGAUGCCGCACUGCAAGCUGGGGUUGCUGCCAUUUGCGACUACAAAGGGACUGGGGUGCUGAAGCGGGGCAACGUCCCCAAUUUUAUCAAAGAGAUGUGGAUAUCAGCUAAUGUCCCCGGCCGAGGAAGCUUUGAAUGCUAUGGGAAGGCCUCCCUCUUGGCACAUGAUACAUACAUUUUUGAUGCUCAUGUCUGGGAUGUGGACAGUAAAGCGGGCCUUCUCUCAUUGAGUGGGGUUCGUCUGGCACCAUUCCAAGCCAAGGUUGGUGAGACUGAGGAGAAACAAUUGUUUCACUCGAUUGAGUGGGGAUUGGAUGCAAACUUUGUGUCUGAUUCAUCAUUUUCACCUGCGAAAAUCCCGAGUAACUACAGCACAGAGAAGGAAUGGUUCGAUGAGCUCCAACUCGCCGCUAUACUGCUGGCUAGUGAUGCCCUGUCCGACUUGAGUCUCCAGCUCCUGCGAAUCCCCUUGCCGGACCACUACCAGCGCUUCUAUGACCUGCUCAACAAAUCUGUCGCUGACGUGGCCUCUGACUCGAUACCCGGUGUCCGUUCAGAAGAAUGGCAGAAAUACUCGGCCGAUCCUGGACUCAAGGGCGGUCUCUACGAGCGUGUCGCUAAUCGAGACGAUAAUGGAGCGGUACUAAUCCGCAUGGGUUCCAGCAUUGCCUCUUUCCUAAGGCAGGAGGCGGACCCGCUCUACCUCAUGUUUGGCCAGGACGAUCUCAUGACUAGAUAUUACGACUCCGACAUGGAACUGGGGCCUAUUCCAGAGCGAUUCGAGGAGUUGAUGUCUUCCAUUCGCUAUACGUACUCCAAUCUCAAAAUUCUCGAAGUCGGCGCCGGAACUGGAGGUUUCACAGUCCGACUCUUGCAAUCCCUGUGCCCUGUGACUGAAGACAGCGAAUCCAACUCCAUUGCAAACUACGAGUUCACCGAUGUAUCCCCAAGUUUCUUCGAAAAAGCCAAAACUCGUCUCGCUGAUUGGAGUCACCUGCUCGAUUACAAAAAGCUGGAUCUUGGUGACGAUCCGAUCUCCCAGGGGUUCCUGGCAGAGUCAUACGACAUGAUCGUUGCCAGUAAUGUUCUUCAUGCGACGCCAGAUCUCCUUCAGACCAUGAAAAAUAUGCGCUCGCUGCUGAAGCCGAAUGGAAGGAUUUUGUUCCUGGAAGGCGUCCGACAGGACACGUUGUACAGCAAUAUUUCGUUCAGUGCCCUUCCUGGAUGGUGGCUUGGGAAGGAGGCGUUCCGGCAAUGGUGCCCGUAUGUGUCGACGGAUAAAUGGCAGGAGUUGCUGUGUGAAUCUGGGUUUUCCGGCCUGGAUGUGAAUAUUCGGAGCUCGGAGUAUCCGGAGUUUAACAAGAUCAGCAUUAUGCUUUCUACUGCCGUUCAGGCUUCAAGUGGAGGGACUGGUCGGAAGGUUGUUAUUAUUUCCCCUGACUCACAUACAACGACUGUGGACAAGAUGUUGCUAGACGUCCUCAUGACCAUGGGUAUCCGAAAGUGCGCCAUUGUUCAUCCUUCGGAUCUUGAGGAGUCGGAUCUUGGGGAUGCCAUUUGCAUAUGCCUACUGGAACUGCAUACCCCCAUUCUCGACAGCCUGGAUGAGGUCGCCUUCUUUCAGGUGAAACACAUGCUCACUACGUGCAAUCGCAUGCUCUGGGUUACCGGCUCAAAUGACCCGAGGUACCAGAUGGCAACCGGUCUUAUCCGGACAAUCAGAUGGGAGCGUGACUCUGACGAUUUGAAUCUCAUCACGCUUGCUGUUGACACAGAAACUACUCCGGCCGAGGUAGUUCAAGGUAUAUCGAGGAUCCUCUCACACCAGUUCCUGAACGAAGGGACGCCACAUGGAAACUCAGAGUACCGGCUUCAAAAUGGUCAGAUCCAGACUAACCGGGUCGUGUCUAACACCCAUGCGUGCGAUACAGUCAACUCGCAAUUUAUAGAACCGGAUGCGGAGCCCAUCGGAUGGAACGCGAUUGACCGGCCCGUGAAGCUCCCAAUCGGACAGCCCGGGACACUCGAUAGCUUGCACUGGGUGACCGAUACCGACGCAGCGCAGCCCUUGAAGCCGACGGAGCUGGAAAUUGAAGUUCGGGCCGUCGGGAUGAAUUUUCGGGACCUUCUGACUGUCAUGGGAGAGCUGCCUCAAGCCACAAUUGGCGGAGAGGCUGCAGGUGUGGUUACACGACUAGGGUCGGGUGUCACCAAGUAUCAGGUCGGAGACCGGGUUGCAUAUUUUGGUGACCCUGGCCACGUGGGAACGUUCCGAACUCUGGGAAGAGCAGAUCAAGAUCUGGUAGUACAGGUCCCGGAUCAAUUCUCCUUUGAGCAAGCGGCCAGCAUGCCAGUCAUUCAUACGACCGUUAUUUACUCCCUGAAAACGAUCGCUCGGUUAGCUGAGGGUGAGACUAUUCUCAUCCAUGCCGCAGCGGGUGGCGUUGGACAGGCAGCAAUUCAAUACGCCCAGCUAGUCGGAGCAGAGAUUUUCGCAACGGUUUCUACGGUUGAGAAGAAGCAGCUCCUGAUGACCAGAUAUGGAAUCAAAGAAGACCAUAUCUUCUCCAGUCGGGAUCUAUCGUUUGUGGCUGGCGUUAGGAACAUGGUCCCGGAUGGGGUGGACGUGAUUCUCAACUCCCUGGCCGGGGAAGCACUGCGCCAGUCAUGGGAAUGCAUCGCACCGUUUGGGCGAUUCAUUGAAAUUGGCAAGCGGGAUAUUCAGACCGGAGGGAAGCUCGAUAUGACCACCUUUUUGAAGAACGCCAUGUUUGCCAGCGUGGACCUGCUUACUGUGGCUAAGCACCGGCCCAAAAUGGUUGGUGAACUUCUCCAGGACAUGGUGCAGCUGUGGCAGGACAGCAAGAUCAGCGAACCCCAUCCCACCACCGUCCUUUCCUACGGCAAGUUACAAACUGGUCUGCGCUGCCUUCAAAUGGGCCAAACCAUGGGAAAGAUUAUCUGCACCCCACAAGACGACGAAGUUCCUGUCCUUCCCGACCCACCCUCUCCCCACCAUCUCGACCCCAAUGCCUCCUACAUCCUUGCGGGCGGCCUCGGCGGCAUCGGCCGCAGCAUUGCCCACUGGAUGGCAUCAAGGGGCGCUAAGCACCUCAUCUUCCUCACCCGCUCUGACCAACUCACCUCCUCCGCCGAAGCCACACUCUCCACCCUCUCCACUGCCGGCUGCCAAACCACCAUCUUCCGCUGCGACAUCUCCAACGCCACCCAACUCGGCGCCAUAAUCCACGAAAUCCAAACCACUCACCCCCCAAUCCGCGGGUGCAUCAACUGCUCCGUCGCCUGGGCCGACAGCAUCUUCGAAAACAUGACCCACACCCAAUGGCAAGCCUCUUUGGGCCCUAAAGUUCACGGCUCCUGGAACCUACACACCCUGCUCCAAUCCCACGACCUCGACUUCUUCACCAUGCUCUCCUCCGUCGCCGGCGUCGUCGGAAACCGCAGCCAAGCCAACUACAACGCCGGCAACACCUUCGAGGACGCCUUAGCCCGUCAUCGCACCGCCCAAGGCCUCCCAGGCACAAGCAUCGAUCUCGGUGCCGUGGUCUCCGUUGGCUUCAUGGCCGAGAAUCGGGAAUAUGUUCGCCAUUCCCUGAAAAUCGCGACUCAUCACCGCGAAGACCAAAUGCUGGCCAUCUUGGACUAUGUUCUUGACCCGCGCCAUCAGGUGACAGAGCAAGCUGCUCAAUUAAUCUGCGGCCUGUCCACCCCCGCUGCGUAUGAGAAACGGCGGAUCCCGCCCCCGAAGCAUCUCCAAUAUCCCAUGUUUAUGCACUUGCGUGGAAGUACUUCCCAAUCUGGUCCUCAAGGUGAAAAGACAGAGGAUUACCACGUGCAGGCUUUAUUAGCCGCAUCCCGAACGGAAGAUGAAGCAGUGAGUGUGGUGUUGAAUGGGAUCAGGAAGAAGCUGUCCUCGAUCUUGAGUGUUGCGGAGGAAGAUAUUGAUCCGGAGCGGUCGAUUCGGGAUAAUGGGGUGGAUUCGUUGAUUGAGAUGGAGUUUCGGACGUGGGUGGGCAAGGAGUUGGGGUGUAGUCUGGGUAAGGGAGAUGUGGGGGACAGGAGUGUGAGGGAGUUGAGUGCGAAGGUGAUCAAGGGGAGUGCGUUUGUUCGGUUGGGGAAGUGA